GGAUAAAGCGAUAAGAUUUUGAAAUGCAUAUCAGCCAAUGAGAAGUGAGGGACUUCAACAGCCACAAACCUUGAAUUUGCAUUGAACUAUGGAAGUACUUAGCCACUCUGGUCCCUCAUUUCAAUCACUUGUGGAAUCAACAGAACUUUAAGUCAUGGCAGCUGCUUCUCCUAUGGCAAGCCAACUCAAGUCCAGCUUCACUAGACCUUUGGUCACACCUAGAGGACUUUGUGGCUCUUCCCCACUCCAUCAAUUACCUUCUAGAAGGCAAUUUAACUUCACUGUUAAGGCCAUCCAAUCUGAAAAGCCAAACUACCAAGUGAUUCAACCAAUCAAUGGUGAUCCAUUCAUUGGAAGCCUUGAAACUCCAGUUACAUCAAGCCCACUUGUUGCAUGGUACCUCUCCAACCUACCAGGCUACAGAACUGCAGUGAACCCACUACUUAGGGGAAUUGAAGUUGGCUUAGCCCACGGAUUCUUCCUCGUAGGCCCGUUCGUUAAAGCCGGGCCUCUAAGGAACACCGAAUACGCCGGAUCAGCAGGCUCUCUUGCAGCUGCUGGGCUAAUUGUUAUCCUCAGCAUUUGCCUUACAAUCUAUGGAGUUUCAUCAUUCAAUGAAGGUGAUCCAUCAAUUGCUCCAUCUUUGACCUUAACGGGCCGUAAGAAGCAGCCCGAUCCACUCCAAACAGCUGAUGGUUGGUCCAAGUUCACUGGUGGGUUUUUCUUUGGAGGAAUUUCUGGUGUUACUUGGGCUUACUUCCUUCUUUAUGUUUUGGAUCUUCCAUACUUUGUUAAGUAAACAAAUUAAUUACUCUGUUAGUUUCUAUUUGCUUAUGUGUGUGCUAAUGAGAUGAUGGAUGUAAUUACAUGCUGUACUUUAUGAAUCUCACUUUAUUACUACAAUUUUAAAUUCAAUA